CACAGCGUUCUGGGGGCAGAGGGGCGCGAAGGGAUCGUCACCUCCACCCGGCUGUCCUCGGCUGCGCGUCUCCUGGCGUGACAUUUAUAUCUCGCAGCGGCCGACUGGGACGAGGGCUGCACGUCCCAGCCGUGAAGUUCCGUGGGUGGGGCGGGCAGUAAUUUGCUCGGAUCUAAUGAUUUCACAGACUCCUUUAAAAUGGCGGCAUUGAGCACACACCCCCGCUGAGUGCUCUCCGGGCACCUGAGCCACCUCGCGCGGCGUUGCUUUUGCUUCUGUAGCUAACAGAUGGCAUGUGCCACUGUCGCUGUCGCUGUCGCUGCCGCUGCCGCUGCCGCUGUCGCUGCCGCUGCCGCUGUCGCUGAGAGUGGGACCUCUUAACCCCUGGGUUUGCUCUAGCAACACAAGGUGUACUUACAUGAUUUUCAAUUGAUGAACACAACAUGAUUACUACAGUAUAGAACUUCAUCAGCUUUAAUGGAUAGUCCAUUCACCUCUGUAUAAAUGUUUCUGGGAAGUGUCUUUUCUGAAAACUCUGCUGCUUUGAUUCCACUCUAGAGUUGUCUCUUUAUAAACUUCUCUCCUUACCACCCCUACCUCCACCCCAAACCUGGUGUAGUUCAUCUACAGCAAUUUGUUCAUUCUUUUGAUUUCUUUGAUUCUCAGUUUUUCAUAGUCAAUUUCCCUCAUCUUGAUUUUGAAGCAAAAAUAUUUUUUCCAGUUGUAACAUCCUUACCAAUCUUAAUCUUUAAAGCCAAGAAAUAGGGAUAAAAACUUUUCUCCCCCUGAACUGAGACCAUUCCACAAAUUGAAGGGCAGCCAACAGCAUAUGUUUUUUGCCAGAAUAAUUGAAAACAUCAACUGGAGAGCACAUAAUUUUUUUGAAAGUCCACCAGUUAUUUGAAGUAACUUUGGCAGAAGAACAAAAUAAAACACUCAAUAUUUUCACCUUUAUGGUUGCCUCAAUAUUUUAACCUUUAUGGUUGCCUUCUUAGGAGUUGGUCUGUAAUUUGUUUUUUAGUUAUUCUGAUACAAUUUUUAUUGUAUGAUUGGCUUUUUGUUUGACUAGACCUAAUUCAACUUAAGUGAAAACCUAAGUGCUAACAAAGAAACAUUUCACCAAAACAACCUGUUAUCUCUUUACAUAUAGCUUGAAUUCAUUUUUGAUCUUUUAACAACAGCAUUAAUACUGUUCUAGAGAGGGUGUUCUUGAUUGUAAUUUUGUUUCAAUAUGACUGCUGUCAAUGUUGCCCUGGUUCGUGAUACCAAUUGGCUGACUCUAGAAGUCUGUAGAGAAUUUCUGAGAGGAACCUGUUCGCGAGCUGAUGCAGACUGCAAGUUUGCCCAUCCGCCAAGAGAUUGCCAUGUGGAAAAUGGUCGUGUGGUGGCUUGUUUUGAUUCUUUAAAGGGUCGGUGUGCCAGAGAGAACUGCAAGUACCUUCACCCUCCUCCACACUUAAAGACACAGCUGGAGAUUAAUGGACGGAACAAUCUGAUUCAACAAAAGACUGCCGCAGCCAUGUUUGCUCAGCAGAUGCAGUUUAUGCUCCAAAAUGCUCAAAUGUCAUCUCUUGCUUCCUUCCCCAUGACUCCAUCACUUGCAACUAAUCCUACCAUGGCUUUCAAUCCUUACUUACCCCAUCCUGGGAUGGGCCUGAUUCCUGCCGAACUUAUGCCAAAUGCACCUGUUCUGUUUUCUGGAAACCCGCCUCUCACAAUGCCAGGAGCUGCUGGUCCAAAACUGAUUCGUACAGAUAAACUGGAGGUUUGCCGAGAAUUUCAGCGUGGAAAUUGUACCCGUGGUGAGAACGAUUGCCGCUAUGCUCAUCCUACUGAUAUUUCUAUGAUUGAGGCAAGUGAUAAUACUGUGACCAUCUGCAUGGAUUAUAUCAAAGGCCGAUGUACCCGGGAGAAAUGCAAAUACUUUCAUCCUCCCGCACACUUGCAAGCCAAACUCAAGGCAGCUCAUCACCAGAUGAACCACUCAGCUGCCACCUCGAUGGCCCUACAGCCUGGUGCAUUUCAACUGAUACCAAAGAGAUCGGCACUUGAAAAGACCAAUGGUGUCGCCCCGAUCUUUAACCCCAGUGUUUUCCACUGCCAACAGGCUCUGACUAACCUGCAGCUCCCACAGCCGGCAUUUAUCCCUGCAGGGCAAAUACUGUGCAUGCCACCUGCUUCAAGUAUUGUGCCCAUGAUGCACGGCGCUACACCUACCACUGUGUCUGCAGCUACAACACCUGCCACCAGCGUUCCCUUCGCUGCAACAGCUGCAGGCAAUCAGAUACCCCCAUUAUCAAUUGAUGAAUUGAACAACAGUAUGUUUGUUUCACAGAUGUAGAAGUUACCAGAACAUCGAAAUUCUGAACAGAGUUAUGGAGUAUCAGAAUCUCUCCAUGUGAACCUCCAUAUGACCUGUCUAUAUAUAAUCUUGUAUGUCAUCUUCUACCAACACAACAAUAAGCAUCGUGCAGUCAAUAUAUUAAACAAAACAAAAAUACCAACAAAUUCAAAUUUAAAAAUAAAGCAUUAAACAAUCAGUGGAGAUGUCAAAACAAAACAUGAAUAGAAAACUAACAACCAUCUUAUUUGAAUUAUUAGGUAGAACACUACUGUAAAAUCUGUGAUUUGUCACACUGUUAUUUGUGAUUUUCUAAUCAUUGUUAUGCUGAGUGAAUCUCCACAGUGGAUUUUUGGCUUACUGUCCAUUGUUGGUGGGUAAAUGCUCAUCUGUUUUGAAAUGUUAUAUUACUGUUUCGUUUCCACAGUAGCCUAUUGGGUUGAUUUAAAAUGUAAAAAUUAUAUCCAAAUACCAUUUUCCCCAUUAUUGUAUUGUACUGUAUUAUGGUAUAUUGUGUUGUGUUAGGUUUUUACAUACUACAGAGUUUUGCUGUAAUAUGUGUGGUCUUUGGUUUCAACUAAAAUAUUACUAAUGGGAAACAGAAAUAUCUGUGCUUGAAAAAUAUGGCAGGUUAAUGUUAAUAUGCUUUCUCUGUUUAGAAUAUUUCUGUAAGUUUCUUGGGGCAGACAUUUAAAAGACCCCACUUUUGAGUGUUCACAAAACCUGUUCAUAAACAUGCAUGUGAAUAAUUUAUACCCGCAGAUCUAAAAUUGCAUAAUAUGAUCACAUUAGUGCAUUAUUUGUAAGAGAGACGUAAUUACCUACAAAAAACAGGGAACUUCUUAAAAUGUUAACCCCUAAUUUCACUCCUUAACUAGCUUAUAAAACUAGAAUUUACCUUUAAGUGAGUUUUUCAGCAUUUAUACUAAAAAUAUGUAAAGUGCCCAUUACAUUUUUUGUGGCUCAAGGAUCCUAUCUCCUAGGUUGAUUGUCCAAAACAGCCAUUUGUUAUCUUCAGCUGAAAAACUGGUACUUGGAGGCUUAAAAGUAUGCUAAUUAUAGGUAAUAAAUUAAACAGGGAGAUGGGGGUGUGGAGAUACUUUUUACAUAUUUGAGAAAAGCUUGUAAAAACCAUUGCAAUGUUACCUUUUACACAAGAGCCAUUUCUGAAUGCAAAUGGCUCAUGCUCUUUAGACUACUCUGAAUAAUAAGUAAGAUGCAAUCUAGCAAAAGUCAGUCAGGGUGAAAGAGAAUUGGUUCCAAGUGAGGCCUUUCCUCCCCAAAUGGACAAUCUUUUCUACUGAUUACAGUUGGAGCCUGAGUAUAGGUUUGGAGAAAUGGCGGGGGUGAGGAGGAGGAUAGGAAGACAUUCAAAAUUAUGCUUUAAAUCAUUUAAACAUUCUAGGAAGGAUGUCCAUAGUUGGCUUUAGCUCCAAUUCAGCUGAGUUUUCAGUUUUUUAAAAUAGUUCAGUGAAGGAGCAAGCACCUGUGAUAUGUCAAGUAUUGCCCUCCCCAAACUUUAUUAACCACAGAGUCUCUCUCAUCAUAACUAAUGUCGAUUUGGAUUUGUUUUUUAUAUGAAUCUGAAAAUUGUAACAGAGAUGUUUUCAAGACCCUUUAGAUGAGACAGAGUGGAUGCAUUCCACAGAGCUGAGCUGAAUUCACAUUACUAAUUCUUAUAAAAUAAAUUUAUAGCCAAGUAAAAUAGUAAUUAAUUCCUGUUAUAUGAUAUGCCUCAUCCACUUUACUCAGUUAUUAAAGUUACUAUUAUUGUACAGUGGUGGAACCAUAUGAUAUUUUGCAUCAACUUAGAUGUAAUGUUUUCUACUUCGUGAAAAUGACAAAGAGAAAAUCUGAUUUAGGAUACCUUAAGCAGGCUAGUAGUGUUUGAAUCACAGAAAAAUGAAAUUGGUAAAACCUUUUCACAGAUGCUGAAACUGAGGCCCAGGGCAUGUGACUUACCCAAGGUUACCUACUUAGUUGAGGACAAUGGGACACAGAAAGAUCUCUUGACUCCCAAUUGUUACUCUGUUUCACAUUGUUAGUGCUUCAGGACAUUUGAGAAUCCAUCCCAAAGUUGAUCAAUUUGGCUCAGAGUAUAAAAGAGCAAAAUUAGCUCUUUAAUAGUUGAUAUCCUAUUGAUCGUAAUUAUCAAUCCAAAUCAUGAUCAUCAGUGAUUUCUAAAUGGUCUUGUUUGAAUGGAGCCAUUGCCAUUUGUCUACAGUAUUGCCUGGAGUUAAAGAAUAUGAGGUGUCCUGACUUUUACCUAUUGCUUCUUUGAACCACUUAAUUUCUCUUUCCUCAAAUCUUAACAUUGUUAAAGAAAAGAGGGUACAUCUUUGUGAAAUUGCUUGUGUUUGGAACUGAGUUUUGUUAAACCUGUGCCAGUGCCUCCCCAAAGGGCAGAUCUGAUCACAGGACUCCAGAAAGGAUGCACCUAAGCUAGUCUGGGUGUAUUCUUAAAGGAGACAGAGAUGUUUUCAGGGUAAAAUGAACUUUUUUGUGUAGUUGAUAUUUUGAUGCAACAUGCUAUUUCAUUUAACUUUAUGAACUUCUGACCAAGAGGUGCAGAGACAGUAGACCUAGAGUACAGCUGUUUUCAUGUUGCUUUAAGCACUGGAAGACCUUAAUAAUGACUUAUUUUUUAGUAAGAGGUUUGGUGAGAAAUAUUCAGGGUAGUUGAAUUUUGGGUGCCACAAUUUUUGAUGUUGUUGGCAUUUAAAAAAUUGCUUUAUAAAUGAAUUUAAAGAGAGGAAAGUCAAAGCACUAAAGUUCUGAUGCAAAAGAAUUUUGACAAAAAUGCAACUUUAAGAUAACAUUUUUAAAACUAGUUGUGCAAUGACUUGUUCAACUUAUCUUUAUUCAAGAAAAGAAGAAAGAUUAGUCAUGAGACUAUAAAUUUUCAGAUAAAAAGAGAAGUCACAAACUAAUCAGUGACUCUAAACAGUGAUUUACUCAAUGAAUUGUAUAUAUAAAAUUCUAAUCACUUGUGAUUCUUAGUUAAGAUUUUAUAAGCUUUGUAAUUUACAAGGGACUAUAUUUUUACUUAUCCAAAAUUGUGUCUGUUCAUUUCUCUCAGCUUUUUGCAAAAAUAUGCAAGAGUGCUGAAACUUGGACAAAAUAAGUCAUGUAUACAGAGAAAAUAAUCUAAAAAUUAUCUUUUAGGAGAGUUUUAGUAGUGUCAUUUUUUUAAAUUGAUUUCAGAGAGAGGA